GGCGGCCUCACCAUGCCGCCGCCGGCCAAAUUGCCGGCCGACGUCAGGCAUCGGUCCCCCGAUGUGAUCGUUGGGCCAGUGGAGGUAGAAGGUGUAAUACGGGCCAAAACGCCCAUGCCGCAGCCGACCGCGACACCCUCUCGUCCCGACCGAAGCCACGUCCCACCCAAGCACACGUUGAAUCACAACACGAAGCUCGGCCUGGCGUGUUUGGCUAAGCUCAAGCCGAUCUUUUCCAAGCACGCCCACAAAGCCAAGGACCAGGCCGUCAAGACAACGGCGCAGCAGCUCCAUCUACCCAUUCACGAGCCUGAACACGUCCAGAGGAUGCUGCGAACGCGCGACGUCAAGCUCGCGUCGCUGACGACGCCCAACCAUGAAUGGGUUGCGAUAGUUGACGAUAUGGCCAAGUUCAUGUACCCGAGUUUGAACUUGGAGGGCCACGACCUGGCGACCACAGACAACGUUGAAGCGAUCGUGAGCACCACGAGGUUGCAAUGGCAGGUCCAGCCGCAGUACCAAAACCCCAUGGACCACAAGACUGGCCACGAGCGGCUCGGGGACCAAGAUCACGCCAAGCAUGCGUUCGAUCGAAAGCUCCAAGUCGCCGAGAAGAUGCUGCGACUGCCGCUCACCACACCGCCUCCACCCACUCAUGACAUGGAGGAGUCGGGCAGCGACAGCGACGAUGGCGGAGGGCGUGGCAGCUCCAGCCAGCAGUCGACGUCGAAAUCGUCGGCGCCCAAGGCGCUGGUACCAAAGACCCUGACCACUCGAAAGAAGCUCAAGACGCUCGCCAAAUACACGUCGGAGGAGGCCAAGACCGAGAAAUAUGCCAACAAGGUCGAAAUGCUGGCGAAAUGGUCCAAACUCCAAACGAGCCGCGGCCAUGAAACCCUCGAGGAACUGGCUCACCGAAGGGCUCUCCAGACGUGCCGCCGACGAAACCACCGCAAAGAAGUUGCGACGGCAUUCCCUGUCUGCAACGAGCUCUCCCCCCGAAGCCUCUACUUCGAAGAGUGCACGGCGGCGAAUAUCCUUCCAGAGCCCCUGCUCUCGCGCAUCACCCCCGACCGUCGUUUGGAACUAAGCCACUUUGGGCUGGGCGAUGCGAAAGCGAUCGUGUUGUCCAAGAGUUUGGCCCUCAUGCCCGAUAUCCACGCGCUCAACCUCACCGACAACCGGCUCACCCACGCCGGAAUCGCCACCGUUGUGCAGCAACUCAGCGGUCGCCUCGAGCUGCAUUCGCUCAACCUAAGUGUCAACGAGAUUGGCGAGGCCGGGUGCGCUUCCAUGGCCGAUUUUAUCUUUUCCGCGCCAAACUUGACCCACUUGGAUUUGUCCCAGACAAAGCUCCUCGACACGUUCGAGUCGCUUGCAAACGAAAUCGCGAUCCAUCCGCAUUUGUUAAGUGUGAAUUUGACCAACAACGAGAUCGGCGACGUGGGGGGGCAGCUGCUCGGCGCGACGCUGGCCGCGGCAACAUGCACGAUCCAGGACCUGAAUCUGUCGUGGAAUCAAAUAUGCCACGCGGGAGCCACCGCCAUCGGCCAUGCGCUCCAAACGAACCGAUCCGUGCAGCACUUGAACCUGUCGAUGAACCGAUUUGGAGACGACGGCGGCCACCAGGUCGCGGCCGCUCUCCUUGUCAACACGACUCUUCGGACGGUCGACAUGACGCGCAACAACCUGAUGGGGUCGACUGCUGUGUCCCUCAGCUAUGCCAUCGAGCACAACCCAAAGGCAGCAUUGUACAACCUUGUGCUCGUCGACAACCCUCUCGGAUGCACGGGCACGAAGGCACUGCUGCGGUCGGUGGCCAGGGGUAGCCGAUGCAGCGUUCGGCUAUCGUUCUACGGCGGUGAAGACACCAACAAUGCAGCGGUUGCGAGUGUAUUCGACUCUAGUUUUCCCGCUGCGCAGUCGCCGUAUGAGUUGCACCUCCACACGUCGCCGUACGAGUACGUGAUCGCGUGUCAGCUGGUGGCGGCGGCCGUGGCGCAGCGGUGCGAGUUAUUUGACGUGACCUUUGAGCCUGCUGCCGAAGGCGACUAUCACGAGCACCAUGUGAGAAAGAACGCGACUACUACCAAGCCCGCCAACAUAAACGUCCAGCAGCUCGAGUACUGUGACCAAGCGCACGGCCUUGUGGAGAAGGGGUCGACAAAGCAGUUCGACCUACGGCACCGUGGCAUCUUGCGCAUCUCGGCGAGGUAUGUUCCAUGGCGCAUUCAAACCACCGACGACGUCACACCCGACGGCUUGCGCAACGUGAUCAAGAUCAUCAAAGAUCGCAUCUCCACACGGGAAAUGUGCGCCAUGCUUGAGGUGGCAACGACCGACUUGUUCCUCCACUUGCGCGAUGUGGAGCUGUUCGUGAAAGGGCUCCUCGGGACCAUCGACGUCGUGGACAUCAUGGCAAGGACGCUGCAUUGCAUUGUCGAUGGCACGCAGACGCUUCCGUUCCUCCUGCGGCACUUGAGCUUCAGCGAUCAGAAUCGGCUCAUGUCAUCCCAUGGCGUACAAGUACUGCAAUUCAACCCAGUCAACCCAACGGGCAAGUGGACACUCGACCUGUCGGAUCGCAUCCACCGCAAGCUCGCCGUGUGGUUUUCCAUGAUCAAUCGCGACGAAGCGACUGAGAGCAUGCGCCGGCUCGCAUUCCGCGGCAACACAAGUCAGCGCGGCACGUUUGCCAACUUUCGAAACGAAAAACUCAACGGCAAGGCGUUCGAGCUCACUGACCGCUUCUUCGAUGGGCUACCGAAUAAAGGUGUCCUCGAAUUCGACUACGUCAGCACACGGCGCCCGGAAGAUGUCGAUGCUGGCGUUCCAACGUCUGUGCUCGGCGAAGUGCAAGUGAACGCGCUCCUGCAAACGAUCGGGGCCGAACUCUGGUCCGAUUACGUCCCGCAGCACAAGCGAUACGACCUCAAGCGGCAAGUGGUGUUGCUGCAACACGCGCUGAGCGGUCAGUACAUCAUGGCAGAGCAUGUGCGCAUGCUCAUGCAGUACUUCCCCAAGAACAUCGACAACCUCCGCCUCAAGGCCGUCCUUGCCGCCCACCGAUCCAUUCUCGACAUGGAGAACUUUGAAGGGGUGUACGAAAAGCUCCUUCCUGCGGAUCGCAAGGCGGUACUGGCGCGCCGCCGUCAUCUCGAUAAACAAUUUUGGACUAGAUGUUCACGGCCCUGGGGUACAUGAACACUCUGAAUCCGUUGAAUGUCGACAUGGAGUACGACUUGCCGAUGGCCGACCCCGACCAUCGUGUGCUGGUCAUGACGCUCGUCGAGAUGGUCUCGAACGACCCGCUCGACCUCAUCAAGCUCGACGACCAGAGUAUCAAAGAAGGACUGAGCAUCUACUCCAUGUACUCGCCGUCAAGUAUUCCGACGACGGGUCGCCUUGGGUUUCGAUACAUUACACGCGCCAACAAGACCCCGCGAGAACUCGUCGAAUCGCGGCAGUCGACGUUCAGCGCAUUCCUGUUUGCCGGGCGUCUCUGUGGGAUGAAAGUGCAGAAAGAGAUCGACGACGACAAAGGUCGCGCGGCUUAAUACGUGGAAACAAAGGUGCGACGAAUGGAUGCAAGGGAUGGUAUUCUUGUCGUGGACGGUUUAUGCUUGGAUAUCGUUGUCGGUCGCGGGAGGCGCCGGCGCGGCGGCGUUGUUGUGCUUGUGGAUGAUGCUACGUUCGUGAAGCACGAGCUUGAUACGAGCCAUGGAUUUGCGGACCUUGGACUUUCGGUACGGGUUCGGGAACACCAUGUUCUUGGUGUGGCAUUCCGCUUGUUCCGUCAACAGUGCGUUGCGCUCCUUGAGCAGAACGUACCAGAGUUUGUGAAGAUCGUCUGUGGACUUGUUCCGCAACAUCCACGCCUUCCAGUCACCGCCCACGACAGGAGGUCCGCGCUUGACUUUCUUGCCAUCCACCGUGCCGCUCGUAGGGAAAAAUUGGUCGAUCGUGCCGGUAAGGGCUGGCUUCGUCGCAUCGGACGGCGGCGGGGAUGCAAAUAGCGUGGUCGAGGACGAGAUGGACCGGGCGGUGAACGGCGUCGCCUUGACCUGGAGCACUCGGCGCAGCAUGAUCGUGGUGAA